CUGGGUUUACUACGAGGGAGAGAAGUCAUGGGUCAUAAAGGAGGUGCCUCUCUUCUUCUUCAUCAGUACUUGAUAUUUCUUUCAUUUCCUGUCAUCUUUCUUCCUCUCUUUGCUCAUUCUCAGUGCAACGGCCGGAACCCGGUUGUUUUAAACUUCGGUGAUUCAAACUCGGAUACCGGUGGAUUUGCUGUCGGACUGGGUCUCCCCAUCCGCCCACCCAAUGGCCGAACCUUCUUCCAUGGAUCCUCUAACCGAUUAAGCGACGGGCGGUUAGUGAUUGAUUUCCUUUGUGAAAGCUUGAAUAUGAGUUACUUGACCCCGUACCUGGAAUCAUUAGAGCCCAAUUUCAGAAAUGGUGCGAACUUUGCAAUAAGUGGCUCGUCAACUCUACCUAAAUUUGUUCCUUUUUCUCUGGACAUUCAAGUUCUGCAAUUCCUUCGGUUUCAAGCUCGCUCCCUCCAACUUCUAUCACAAGGUUCAAGAGGUUUGGUGGAUGAAGAGGGGUUCCGGAAUGCACUCUACACAUUGGACAUCGGACAGAAUGAUCUAGUCGCUUCAUUCACUUACCUCUCUUAUGCAGAAAUCAUCAAGAGGAUUCCUUCUUUUCUUGAGGAAAUUAAAAGUGCCAUUUGGAGUAUUUAUCUACAUGGUGGAAAGAAUUUUUGGAUACACAAUACGGGUCCCUUGGGAUGUUUGCCACAAAUGCUUUCCAUAACAAGCAGAAACGUCAGUGGCCUGGAUCCGUAUGGUUGCCUUCAGUCUCCUAACGAUGCUGCAAAAGUCUUUAAUGAAGGCUUAAGAGCUCUUUGUGAAGAACUGAGAUCCCAAAUGAAGAAUGCCACCAUUGUCUACGUAGAUAUUUAUUCCAUCAAGUACGAUCUCAUCGCCAAUUCCACCAAAUAUGGUUUUCAGCAUCCAUUGAUGGUUUGCUGUGGCUAUGGUGGGCCACCAUACAACUUCAACCCUAACGUGACAUGCGGUCAAACUGGCUACAACAUCUGUGAGGAAGGAUCAAAAUACAUAAGCUGGGAUGGCACACACUACACUGAAGCUGCAAAUGAAAUAGUUGCAUCCAAAAUACUCUCCGCCAAUUAUUCUAUACCUAACCUCAAAUUCGAUUACUUUUGUCACACCUCAUAAAUCAUCCACAUCAAUUGA